CUCACAUAUAUAAAUAUAGACAGUUCCUCUUCAUGAUUAUUUGCCCAAUUUCAAGUAAAAUUUUAGACCCUUGCUGUAAAUCCUACAUUUUUUUGUCGAUUAGUCCCAUGGAAAUUCAGUCCCAACAACAAAUUCAGCUGAAACUGCAGCCAAAGUCAAGCAAUCCUAGUGUUAGCAAAGGGUCCAAAUUCAAAGGAAGAAACAACAAUAAGGUUAACAAGUUUGUAGGUGUGAGGCAAAGGCCUUCAGGUAGAUGGGUGGCUGAAAUCAAAAACACAACACACAAGAUUAGGAUGUGGCUUGGUACCUUUGAGACUGCUGAAGAAGCUGCUCGAGCUUAUGACGAAGCCGCUUGCCUUCUCCACGGUUCCAAUACUCGGACCAACUUCAUUACUCAGGCGCCCUCGGAUUCUCCUCUUGCUUAUCGGAUUCGGAAUCUUCUUAAUAGCAAGAAAGGAGGUGAACAACAACAUCAUCAAAGUGUUGUUGCCUCAGCAGCCCCCUCAACAAGUGCUACCAUUAGUUUUAGCCCUAUGCCUAGUCCUAGCACUAGCAGUAGUGGUUGCAGUUCUAAUGGUGGUUUAAGCAAUGGGAAUCUUUCAGUUAGUGGAACGGUUCAAGAUACACAGUUGUUUGAUGAUGCAUAUAGGCCUGAUAUGAGAAGUUGGAGAAGGGAAUCUGGGUUUGAUACUGAUUUUACAUAUACCACUUCUGAAUUAGGGUUUGAUAGGUUUCUUUAUACACAAGAAACCACGGGUUUACCUGAAGAAACUGGUUCUGAGUUAACAGAGUUCCAAAGCAUGAAAGUUGAAAGGCAGAUUUCAGCUUCACUUCAUGCAAUGAAUGGAGUUGAAGAAUAUAUGGAAACUGUCCAUGAUUCUUCUGAAAACUUGUGGGAUCUUCCCCCUUUAUGUUCUUUGCUCUACUAAAUUAUUUCACUUUACAAUAUUGUUGGGCUCAUCGAUAUAAGGAGAUCCAUACCCUAUAAACAAGAUUUCAAUUUAAAGUUGAAAGAGAAGAGUUUUAACUCGA